CUCGCGUCGAACGCACGUCCGUUGCGCGCCGAAAAUCGUAGUACCGUAAAAAAUUUGCUCGGACGACCCGCACUAUUUUCGUCCCGAUGCCGUUGUGACAAUAUUUUGUGCGUUAUAAAUCUGUGACAGUGUGAUUUUUGGAUGUGCAUAGUGAUGUGGUGUGGUGGUUUUUUUCGUUUAGUUUUUUCUGGGAUUGGCGAUUUGGAGGUAUUACCAGAGCCGGCCAUCCGUGUAGAUCCAAAUGCGGUGGUAGCAGUGGAGUAGACACACUGAAGGCAGCGUGAUGCAUCGGAGGAUCGAACCCGCGACAAAAUGAACACGAAGAAGCCUCAGAAACAAAAAACUGAGACUGUGAAGAAGAAAGCUGUGAAUAAACUGAGUGAACAAUCAGUGAUGAGUUGUCUAUGAGUGUAACGAUGGUGGUGAUGAGUGACACUAAUGAUCGCGGUAGCGGUGAAGAAAAAACAAAACGAGCGAGAUAAAGAUCGCCACACAUGGAUCGCGUAAACGGCACCCACAUCGGGCCGUCGAACGCGACCGGCGACUAUGGCGCGUACAACGCGACCGAGGCGGGCGAGUGGACCGACAGCGUGGUGUUCAAGCUGCGCACCUGCGUGCUGCUGCUCAUCGUCAUCAUGGCGGUGCUCGGCAACAUGCUGGUCAUCGUCAGUGUCAUGAGGCACAGAAAACUCCGGGUCAUAACCAACUACUUCGUCGUCUCCCUCGCGUUCGCUGACAUCCUCGUUGCGAUGGUGGUCAUGCCUUUCAACUUCAGUGUCCAGUUCAACCAGCGCUGGGUCUUCGGGGAGACCAUAUGCGACCUAUGGAACUCUUCGGACGUGUACUUCACUUCGACCUCCAUACUCCAUCUGUGCUGCAUAUCGGUGGAUAGAUACUAUGCGAUCGUGAAACCGCUGAAGUACCCGAUUAAGAUGACGAAAAAGAUGGCGUUCGUCAUGUUGGCAGCGACAUGGUUGAGUCCCAUCACGAUAUCAUACGUGCCUAUCUUCAUGGGCUGGUACACCACGACAGACUUCCUCGAGCACCGAGUGAGCGAUCAGUGCGAAUUCAAAGUGAACAAGCCAUACGCCGUCAUAUCCAGCUCAAUAUCGUUCUGGAUACCGUGCACUAUCAUGAUAUUUACAUAUUUAGCUAUAUUUAAAGAAGCUAAUAGACAAGAAAAGGCGUUACAUGCGAGAGCAGGCAAUGCUAUGCUCAUGCAUAGGCAUUCGCGAGAGGUGGGCGACAAAAAUGGCGCCCUCCACAUUAAUGCCACCACCCCAACGAAGGACAGAAAUAUACUGAAGAUGAAGAGAGAACAUAAAGCUGCCAGGACUUUGGGCAUCAUCAUGGGUGCCUUCAUCUUAUGCUGGCUGCCUUUCUUCUUAUACUACGUGUCGACGUCUUUGUGUGACUCGUGUAGCGUCCCAGACGUUGUGACUGUUAUCAUGUUCUGGACUGGUUACUUUAACUCAGCGUUGAACCCGAUUAUAUACGCGUAUUUCAACAGAGACUUCCGUAACGCGUUCAAGAACACCUUAGCCUGUGCUUUCUGUAGCUUCUGCAGGCGUAACGCUUCUGAUCUGGACGCUAUGGAGCGGUUAGAUAGAAGAGGAUCAGCGCAAUUAAGAGUGCCGGUUCCUUCUAGAAGAGCGUCAGAUCUGGCAUCCCUCUGAUCGUAUUUUACUACAGCGGUUUGAGGCCUAUUUGAAUCUCAACGAAGCGGUGUACUUACUUAGUAGUUUGGUGUAAUGAGCUGUGAAGUUGUCAAUAAAAUAGUAUGAUUGACAUCAAAAGGAUAUUUGGAACAUGCCAUAUGGAACUAGUUUUAAGUCAGUUUGAAUGUUAUAGACAUUUUGUACAGAGUGGAUUUUAAAUACAAAUAUAUGGAAAUAUAAAAGUUUUGAUAAAUAAUUAACUAAUAUCUGAGUGGAUGUAGUUUGUGAAACUAUCUAAAGCUGGUCUUCAAAUGCUUCAUACAGGGUGACAGGUAAAGCGAUACAUUCCUUGAAAGGGGUUAAAGUAGAGCUCAUUUGCAGUCAUUUAAGUCAUAUGACACCAUGUCCGAAACUUGUUCAUUUCCAAGUUAUUCAAGAUUUAAGUAUUUUUUUAAAAAUCUCCAGUUUUUAUGUUAAAAUGUACCCUUGUAAUGAAGAAUACGGAAUAAUGUUAACUUUUUUGUUGUAUUCGUAUAGCUAAAUAAUAAGAUUGACAUUUUAAAUUAAAAUUUGCAAGAAAGAAUCGUCAUUACUCAAGUAAAAGCUAAAAAACUAUGUAUUAUUUUGCAAAAAAAAUAUGUUUUAGGUAAUUAAACGAAGAAUUUCCAAGAAAAAAUGUAUGGAAUGUUGUGUACAAAUUACAGAAUUUAGUUCCUUGAUUUAUUAGC